GUCCGGUCUGCGAUCUCGCUCUCGCUCUCGGUCGCGCUCGCGGCUCUCUCCUAUUUAACAGCUCUUCGUCUCCCAAACCCUACUUCGAUUCUCGUUCUUGAGUUGCGGUCUGUUCGUCGGCGCACCACUCGUGAGCACCAAGAUGGUGAAGGGGCGGCAAGGCGAGCGCGUGAGGUUGUACGUUCGCGGGACGAUCCUCGGUUACAAGAGAUCGAAGUCCAACCAGUACGAGAACACCUCGCUGGUGCAGAUCGAGGGCGUGAACACCAAGGAGGAGGUGGCAUGGUACUGCGGUAAGAGGAUGGCGUACAUCUACAAGGCGAAGACGAAGACCAAGGGGACGCGGUACCGGUGCAUCUGGGGCAAGGUCACGCGCCCACACGGCAACAGCGGCGUCAUCCGUGCCAAGUUCAAGUCCAACCUCCCGCCUAAAUCCAUGGGUGGAAAAGUCAGGGUUUUCAUGUAUCCCAGCAACAUCUGAGGAGGUGAUUGGUGCAGCAGAGCUGUUGUCUUGGUGCAGCUGCGGCUGGGUUUCUAGUGGGAUUGGAGCCAAAACAUUUCCUAGAUAUUAGGAGUAUAUCUAUAUCCUUCUUUUUGGGAAACUUGAACUUAAUUUACAAGUUGGAACAACUGUAUUUUGAUAAGGAGAAAGUUAGCAAUGGCUUAAUAAAAGCUCACCAUCGAUGAUUGCUUGCUGGUCGUUUAAGAAGAUUAUAAUCAUUUUAUUUUGGGUUCC